GUAGAGUGCAGUAUAGUGACUGAGUUUGUAUAUGGCAGCUGGUGGCAUGUGUGUUAGGUGGUCUGAAAAAUUCAACAUCUGCUUCUGUGCAAUAUUGUUGAUGACUUUACUUUUAUUGGUGCAGUCAAAACAUCCCCAGGAACUUCAGAGUUAUGUAUCCAAUGGAGUCUUGGUCAUCUAUCUGCUCAGACACCCAGUGAGCAUCUCAACAGAGCUAUUGUUGACUAAUAUCCAAAUGCCUUCCUCAUAAUUUUCCACCCAUCCCAGUAGUUAACUUUUUGCCCUCUCUAAUUGAGCUUCCUUCGUGAUCCUCUUUUCCUGUCACUACAAUACUGCUCUGUCACCAAAUCAAAUCAUUUCUAUCCUUAAAAUAUCCCUGAAAUCCAGGCCCUUCUUUAAUCCCCAUCAACAAAGUGUCAUGCCAAGAUCGGACAGCCACCCUACUACCUUGUUCUCUGUUUACCUUUCCACGUCCACCUGGCUUCUGAAUCCAUUAACACACAGAAAACCCAAUCUUUAUUUAAAACAGGCACAUUACUCAUGGCUAGUCAAUCCCUUUGUGGGUCAUGUUAUUGCCUUUGACCCUUCUGUGAGCUUCUCACAGUCUUCAUUUUCUGACCAUGACAACCCCUCCUGAUCUCUGAUCCAUAUUCAGGGAACAGCCUCCCUGUGUAUCUCACUUAUCCUUUCUGCAUGUCUGUCAUUCUGUCUCUCUCUUAUCUCUAAUCGUUGUUUCUGUUUACCACUGCCUGAGAGUAAUACCCCAUGUGCCUCAGAGGACCUGUGGUUUUCUUAUCCUUUGGGUCUCAUCUUCCCAAAUUAAUCCAUUUGUGAUUCUUUUUGGGUUUGUUUGUAAGAACAGCUGGGAACUCUGUUUUAUGGAAAAUUUUAAAAUGACAAUAGAGUAUGGUCAGCUAUAGAAGUGGGCUGGGUAGUAGCCAGGAUGGAACACUUCUGCCUUUUGAAAAUAAGGACAUCAGUGUUCGUGUGUGUGUGUGUUGUUUUUUUCCUCUUGUUUUCACCUGAGUGACUUUCAUUAUUUUUAAUGAUAUCAGCUCCUGGCUAAGAAACUUCAUUCAUCAGGUGUUUUUUGUUUUGCUUGUGGCCAGACUUUGUUGUGUGUACUUGGCAUAGGGCCUUGAAUAUCCAGAUGUCCUUGGGCUCUAACUGAAGCAAAAUAACUUUAAUAAAUGAAUCAUUAUAAUAUGUUCUUUGUUGGAAGGAGGUGAAUGCUAAGGGUACUAAGUCCUAGAUUUUGUGGAAGUUGCAGUGGUAGUAGUGGGUUAGAGAAACCCACUGGGUAACCCUGGGUUAGAGAAAUAUUCUGAGGGAGAGGCUAGAGCCAUUUGGGGAGAAAGACCUUGAAGGGAAGAGGAGCUGACUGUCCUGACAUGAUCUUGAUUGUGUUCAGUAUGUGUACAGUGAUGGGAAAGUGUGAGGGAUGAGGUCAGAGGUCACACUCGGGUCACACAGAGCCUUGUUGAUCAGGCACAAUGUUCACAUGUUUUGUCAGUGAGUGAAGGUCCUGGAGGCUAUUGGUGGAGGACCUAAUUGAUCCUGUUGUUUAUAUAAGACUCAAGGCCUUAGUGUGAAUGUGAGAGUGGGGAAUGGGUUAUGGCUUAUGUAGAAGAAGACAAAAUCAGACAUAGACCAAUGAUCCGAUGAUACCCAAUGUCUCCUGGCCCCAGCACUAGUUAUACUGGAGGUGAUAAAUCAGUCAACUCACAGGACUUUUGUCCAGGCUUGGUGGGAAUGAGGAGAAAAACCAGUCUGUACAGUACAAGGAAAGAUAGUUAUUCCUACAUUGGCAGGGAAGGCUGAAGGUAAGUUAGGUGUUUUGAAUAUUCCAGAGCUCAAUUUUGGACAUAAUUGGAACUUACCAUUGGAGGUAACUGUUUUAUGGUUGGUGAACUAGUAUGGGUCCAGAUGAAAGGUGUGUGUAUGUGUAUGUGUGUGUGUGUGUGUGUGUGUGUGUGAGUGUGUGUGAGUGUGUGUACAUAGUCAAUUUGUGAAUCUGUAGACAUCCACAAACGGAAACAGGUGAAAUAUAUAUGGAUAGGUGACGAAAUAUACUCACACUUGAUAGAUUAUGGAGAUAGACAUAUAGCAGAUAGGUGAUAGGCAGAUGAUAGAAGGUAGAGUGUGUAUUUGCAGAAAAGAAAAACUAAUUGAAGGACCCAGCCCAGGGACACUCCACAGUGUAGUGCUUUGGAAUGUGACAGGAAACAGCCUAGUAAUGGAGACAGCAUGUUCAGUGCAGUUAGGAAGUAUGUGGCUCCUGGAAAAAGUAUGAAAGUCUCAUGUUUCAGGUUGGGUGGUGUCACAUAUUGAAACACAUUCAGGUCUCAUAAAUGACCCCAAAUUCUAGAUGAGGGACAAACAUCCCUCUAAUGCCAACAGCUACUAUUCUGAUGUGUAGUGCCCAAGAUUCACUCACAGGGGUCACAGCUCAGAACCUGGGCCCUAAUUCCUCCCCACAGGUUAGCCACUUUAGAGCCUCAUGGGAACAAGGGCCUCUUGAUAUUAGAUGAUUGGGUUCUGCUUCUGUUUCCCUCCAGGGUUAUCACCCCAGCCUCCAUUCUGGGCAGUGCUGCAGCACAGUGAUUCCACAAGGGAGUUCUGUGACCAUCUUCUGCAGUAUCCCUCCAGGGUGACAGCAUUGCAUCUAAAUCAUGCACAACUCAAAGGAAGCACAUAUGAUCACAAUCAACAGGGAACCCAGAAGGUGACUGAGUUCUCCUUCUCCAUUGUGACAGACAUCAAUGUAGGCAUUUACCACUGUGACUACUGGAAGCAUGAUGUCUGGUUAGGUUGCAGUAGACCAUUGGAGCUGGUAGUGACAGGUGAGGGAUAGUCCAAGGACACUGUCAUGCAGCCUUGGAUCUUGCUGCCCAUCUCACUGGAUCAGAUGUACCAAUCACAAGCCCUGCCCUUUAUCUUUGCCUCCUGUGUCUGGGUCGCACCUUCCCUCUGCUCUGAGCUUGGUCCUAGCUCCAUUCAGCCAGGUGGGCUACUACUGCAUCAAAGAGAAGAGCCACUUGGAGACAGAUCCUAGCCUUCCCUAUACACAGAUAGCCACAUUCUGGUCCUUGUCAUAGAAAUAAUACAUAUGUGUUUUUAUCUUUAUGCUCUCUAAGUUAGCAAAGAGUGAUUUCCUUCUUGGCUUCAUCCUCCCUUGGUCAUGUCUGAUUAUAAGAAUGCUGAGUUAUUUUAAUUAUGUUUUUAAUAGCAUGGUGUAUUCACUUCCAGAUACUGACAAUGUCAAACCUUCCCUGACUGCUCAUCCAGGUUUCCAGAUGGCCUAAGGAGAAAAUGUGACUCUCAUCUGUGACACACAUUUUUACUAUGAUAUCUUCAUUCUAUGUAGAGAUGUAGUUGAUUCCUUCCCUCAGAAUUGUUCAAAUCAGACCCACAAGACAUUCCUCAUCUUCCCUGUGAGGCCAUCCCAUGAAGGGACCUAUAGAUGGUAUGUGUCUACUAUAUACAAUCUCCACAUCUGGUCAGUGCCCAGUGACACUCUUGAACUUUAAGUCACAGGUGACUUCUAAUAUGAGCAACUUUACCUUGUCCCAGGGUUUCCUAAGGUGUUUCUGGUGAGGCAGCUUGACCUCAUGUGCCUGUCUGCUAUGUGGUUAUUUGGUUGUAUACCAUCCCACUACUCCUGCUAAAGUCUGUAUUUGCAUUAUAGGCCCUGAAUAUUGCUGUGCUCAUUAUGCAAUUGGGGGCAGAAAUAGUCAAAUUCUUUUGGGGGAGGCCUGUCCUUACCUGUCUAUGAAAUAGGCUCUAUGAUCUAGUGGAUCACUAGCCUUUGGGAACCAGCAUAACAGGUGAGAUACUGCUCAGUUACUGCUGUAUCACCUCCAGAAGCCCCUCCCACAGCCCAUCCUUCUGUAUGUGGGUGGGUGACAGCAGGCACAUUGUGAACUUUUGGGACAGAAAGGUCAAAAGUGUCUCUACCAGUUUCUCCAUUCAGGAUGGCUUUCUGAAUCCCUGUGUAUUCUACUACAUUAAGUGGGUGAUUCUGUGACUCUAGUGCCUCUGUUCAGUCCCCAGUCCAAAGGAGAAAACAGAAGGACAUUUACUGAAUACUCAAGAGGAAUUUAUGAUCAGAUCCUGUAGAGCUAUGAAGGCAGGCAUCAGCUCAGCCUUCAUGUUGGGCAUGGGUCAUAUUAUGUAAGCCUUAUUUUUUCCAGUUAACUGGGACUUUUCAGGGACUUGGGGAGGGGAUAUGUUUGAAUUAGGUGGAGGCACAGAGGCACAUUCUAGGAUCUGUAGGAAAUUAUGAAAAUGUGCACAGGUUAAGGAUGGAAAUAUGGACACCAGGAGGCAGGAAUCCCAAGGAAGAAAUGUUAGGGAUAGGUAGUGUAGGGCAUGGUGCAUGACUGGAGUUUGUAUAUGAGCAGCUUUGGGCACAAGUGUUGGGUGGUCUGACAUAUUUAGACAUCUGCUUCUGUGCAAUAUUCAUUGAUGACUUUUAACCCCAGUAGCUUCAUAGUUAUGUAUCCAAUGGAGUCUUGGACAUUUACCUCCUCAAACACCCAGUGAGCAUCUCAACAGAGCUCUUAUGGACAAAUAUCCAAUGCCUUCCUCAUACUUGUCCACCCAUCACAGUGGACACCUUCUGUCCUCUUAACGAGUGUCCAUAAAUGAUCCUCUAUUACUGUCACAGUCCACAAUCUCUUCACCAAAUCAAAUCAUUUGUAUUCUUAACAUCCCUGAAAGCCAGUCUGUUUUUUAUCCCAUCAUCACCAAGUGUGGUACCAAGAUCCCCCAACCAUCCAGUUACCUUGGUCUAUAAUUGUCCCUCCACUUCAACAUGGCAUCUUCAAUGCAUUUGUCACACAGAAAACCCAUUUUUUUCUUGGAAACAGCACAGUUCUCAUGGUAAUCAUUAAGGUGUUCUCCAUGUGCUUCUUAUUUCUCACAGGUGACACAUGAGCCAUUGGCUCCAUGUUAAGUGUUGUUUCUUUCCACCAGAGUCUUCACUCUCAGAUUACAGAACAGAGAGUGUCACCUGGUUGAGUGUGGCUGGCCCUAUCCUGCUUGCCCUUGGAUCUGUAUUGCUGGACACUUGGAAGAGCAGAAGAAGACUGAGAAGUGCAUCCAGAGAGCCCUAGGCGUGUACUGCUGUGAAGACUUGGUGAGCAGUUGGCUGUGCUGAUUGUGGGGAUCUGGACAGGGCACAGUGAUGGUGUCUGAGGUCACUCUGCUGCUUGGAUUAGUGAUUUUUCUGGAUCAGAGAACCUGGGCACACAAGGAGUUAUCACCCAAGCCCUCCAUCUGGGCAGUGCCGAGCACAAUGAUUCCACAUGGGAGUUCUGUGACAAUUUUCUGCAGUAUCCCUCCAGGGGUAACAGGACUGCGUUUACAUCAUGUACAACUCACAGGAAGUGUGUAUGAUCGUAAUCCACAGGGAGCCCAGAAGGUGGCUGAGUUCUUCUUACGGACUGUGACAAAGAUCAAUGCAGGCAUUUACCACUGUGACUACUGGAAACAUGAAUUUUCAGGACAAGGUGACUCAAUGGAGCUGGUAGUGACAGAUGCCUACAACAACAAACCUUCCCUGACUGCUCAUCCAGGUGUCCAGUUGACCUCAGGAGGAAAUGUGACUCUCGUCUGUGACAUACCUAGUUAUUACUAUGACCUCUUCAUUCUGUGUAGAGACAGAAGAGCUUCCUUAUCUCAGGACUGCUCUAAUCAGACCCACAAGACAUUCCUCAUUUCCCCUGUCAGCCUGUCCCAUGGGGGGACCUACGUAUGCUAUGUGUCUACUGUAUUCAAUCGCCAUGUCUGGUCACUGCCCAGUGACCCUGUUGAACUUUCAGUCACAGGUGAGUAAUGUCUGAUAAUAGCACCUUUACCUUGUGUCAGGGUUGUCCCAAGGUGUUACAGGGGAGGCAGUUCAACUUCAAGUGACGGCAUGCUACGUGGGUUGAGGGUUGUAUUAUGUCGCAUCCCUCCUGUCUAAAGCCACUGGAUUUGCUUUAUAAAUCCUGAAUAUUGAUAUGUUCAUUAUGCAAUUUUGGGGCAGAGAUAGUCAAAUUAUUUUGGGGGAAGAGAAGUCCCUAUUUGUCUUUGAAAGAAGCCCUGUGAUGUAGUGGUACCAUUGGGAUCGUGCAUGACAGUGAGGUAUUGCUCAGUUACUGCUGUAUCACUUUCUGAAGCCCCUCCACCAGUGCUCCCUCUUUCUAUAUGAAAUGGUGACAGCGGCACAUUGGUAAAUUGUGAGGCAGAAAGGUCAAAACUGUCUCUGCUAGUUUCUUCAUUCUUAAUGUCUUUCUGGAUCUCUGUGUCUCCAACAACAUUUAGUGGGUGAUGCUGUGACUGUAGUACUCUGAACAGUCCCCAGACCAGUGGAGGAAGCCAAGGACAUGUACAGAAUGCCCAAGAGGGAUUUAGGGUCAUAUCCUGCAGAGCUGUGAAAGGAGGCAGCUCAGCCUUCUUGUUAGAUAGGGAUCAAGUUUCAUAAGCCUCAUCUUUUCCUGUUAGCUGGGACUUUUCAGCAUUUUGAGGAGAGGAUAUGUUCCAAGCAGGUUGAGGCACAGAGGUACAGUCUGGGAGUUAUAGGAAGCUAUGGGACUGUGCACAUGUUAAGGAUGGAAGUGUGGACAUAAAUAGGCAGGGAUCCC